UGAUACGGCAGUGCGGGUGUUGUACCACAGACUCACCACCAGGCCGUACAUUGUGCAGCCACCAAGCUCAAAGUCCUUAACAUCUGGAGUAUUGGUCUCCACGGGUCGGCCGGAGCGUCAGGCACCGAAUCUGGUUGUCUACUUGCGGUGGUACCAGCUACACGAGAGACUGAAGAUGCUGUGCCGCUUUGCCAGGUACCCAGGUACAGACUCCAGACUAUGUCACCUCUCUAUCCUGCGCCCUACUACUGCAUACCCUCCGAGUCGUCGCCCUCAGCUGCAGCAACGAGCGGCUAUCACACAAUCUGCAACACGCUAGGACGAUCUGUUCUAUUUCCCGUCGGCUGCCCUGGACGCCAGGCUCGCUUUUCCCGCCACCCCUGUCGAUACCAUCUCCUGGAUGGCUUUCCCAUUCCCGUUUCCGCUUCCGCUGGCGUCGAUUUUCCAGCCACACGUCGAAGCCAUGGGCUUGCCGCUCCCCGGAACCAAAGUCCACGAGGGAAUCCGCGAGAAGCGAACCACUCGAUGCCUGAAGAUGCUCGCCUGCUCCUUGAUUGCUCCGUCAACUGUGUAACCGGCGUAACGGAUUGUCCUUCGAGUCAGCUCCUAUCACAUCGGCAGCAGCAUGACCCCUAACUCCUCAACCUCCUUUCCUGCCACCGGCCGGUACGACACUGUCACUCGAGAAUCCUCCUCGUGCCACAGACUGUGUGUGUAUACUGUACAAGACGUAUGGAGAAGUAAUAUCAAUAUAAGCUUGGCCACACUCCGCUACCAGAGUUUGACAUCUGUCAAAAUUGACCAUCAUACCCACCCAAUCCGCAAUCUGCCAUCUCCACAGAGUCCACCGACACACUCAAGCUCGUCCGCGACACGCACUGUGUGAUUAGCCUCGUCUCUGGGGCUCCUCUCGCUUUCCGGUUAGCCCACUUCCAUUCUCAAACACACCGUCACAAUGGAACCGGCGCCCUGAAGGGCUUUGCUUUUCCCCCUUCCACGGGUCGCCGUCUUCUCAUCCUGGAGGCCUGGCUCGGGCUCUGUUUCGGUCGUCGCCGCUCAAUCUUGUUUCUACCCGCAUGCUCUCGUCUUGAUCGGCUGCCCGAGGUCACAAAAUCUGUCAAACUGUUGGACUGGCUCCACCUUCUACUACAUCGCUCUCCAGGAACACAGACGCACACAGACGCACACAGACUUUCUACCACGGGCCUGACUGCCGUGAGAAGCGAAGUUCCUCAAGGCUGCUUUUCCUGUUUUUUCGCUUCUUUUAUCCUCGACUGCCAGCUGGUCUAGCUGUGACCUCUAUUUCAUUCCGAGAACGUUUGUCGCGACCCGCCUCAGCACCCGAUCCUAGGUCAAGAUCUUCAAAACACACGGCCACUUAAGGUUCACACGCAUCCUGCAUACAUAGGAACGCCGCCUUUUCCCGCCGCCUCGAACCAGAGCGCCACAUCCAUUGAACCCUCAUCCCUGUCCUUGCUCGGCGGGUGGAAAGUGAGCAUCAAAUCUCUCGCUCAUGCUGACCAUAGUCGCGACGCGAUUCUCUUAAGCUGUGCACAUUUGUCGUUGAACUCGACUUAUUCCUUCAGCCAACUGGUCGUCGGUCCCUAAGACAUCAAAACUACGUUGAUUUCCAGUCUACGCAGCGGUCGAGAUCGCCGCGGCUCUUUCUGUGUUCGACGAGGCUACGGUUGGAUUCCAGGUUCAUAAUUGCGAGGUACGGCGAAUACCACGCGUGAAGAGGAGGCAGAGAUCUGGAAAACAACUCACCUAGUCAAGUUCCUACCACUCGGGCGUCCAACUGGGACAAUAUCGUCCUGGCAGACAAUCUUGUGCCUACAAGCGCAGAUCUGUGGUGAUAUUCCAACCAAACCUUACGGUCUCCAUUGCGCCUUGUCGUAUACUUAGGGAAAUCGACCUUCCUGACACUCGUUUUCCUCGAUGGAAUCAUAACAAGCCGCCAGCAACCCUGUACCAAGUCACUCCUUUAGUUCUUUACAUUACGCUCGCUUCAACUGUCACAAUUCCAUCUUACAAUCAUGAACGUCUUUCGGAAGAAAGGCAAGGCCAAGGACGAUGGAUAUGUCAUUCCUCCAGCAACACCGGUAUCGUCCGAAUCGCCGCCAUUGUCAAAGAUAUCUCGCAGCCUGAAACGAAAACAGAAAAAUGUUGUGGAAACAAAGCCAGAAAUCGACCUGGCGACCGCUUUGCCUGAUAGCAAUGACUUCCGGACCAGUUUGCUCAUGCCCGGGCUCUCCGCCCGCUUCAGCAUGCUUCGAGAACAGGAUGAUCCUAGCACCCUGGUGGGCAAGGCCAACGAUGAUAGCGUCCUCUUUCCCAAACGCGCCUCGCGCAUGAAUCUUUUCUCUCAUAACCCCUUGACAGACAUUGCCGAAGUGCACUCCAUCCAUUCUACGGUCCGAGCCCCGUUUGCCGAGGCGGAGCGAUCACAGUCCUUUUCCGAGGGUGUUGGCGCCAACAGCGAUGAUGCGGGCGGUUUCUUCGCUCGCACGAAAGGGGUCGAGGGCAACAAUCUCUUUGGCGGGCGUCAAAAGAUGUACCGGAUAGCGAACGCCAGCUCUUCACGAGAUCUGGUGGAGAUGUCUACUCCACUCACGACCAAAAGGCACCUGUAUCAGGAUGAUGUGAUUUUAUCACCUUACCAGGAAGCCCAGCUGAGAGCACGGGAACAAGAAGAGCGCAACGGCUCGCAAGGUCGACCGCUCAGCGACACCACCGAAGCACAUGAUAGUAGUAGUGUUGUGAACACUCCAUCUACGGGCUUCAGCAAGAGCAGAGGAACCAUCUCAUCUACCGCAUCUGGCCCAUCCAACCGGCGCACUUCUACCGCUGCUACCUCCGUCGUGUCAGACUCUCCUGCUCCACGGCAGAGCAAUGCCAGUUCGUCCUCCAACGCACGUAUAAGAGGAUCCGACUUUGACAGCGAGGAAAACCCUUUGAGGCAGAAGCUUUCCUCAGAUUCUCGAAGACCGGGCCAUGCCUUUGAGAGCCAAGACCAGCCACCUCUGCCUCCAUCUCCCGUCAGUACCCGACAAAUCUCCCUUUCUAGGAGUGUGACCAACCUAUCAGAGAAGCGCGCCGCUGGAGCAUCUCCAUCCUUGACAGGCGGUAUGCGCGCGGUCAGUCCUCCUCCGGCAGCGAGAGGACAUGUUGCUCCACUAGAUUUCGGACUGAAAGCCACAAAGAGUCAACUGCGGAGAUAUCAAACCGCUUCUCCCACCCACGAGGAUGAGGGGGAUAGCGAGGUUUACCAUCAAAGUCUUGAACCUAAUGACCGCGGCAAGGCGACUGCCAUGGGCCUUUUUAACCGGCCCCGGCAACAAUUCGAUGAGCAGAAGUUCCAGGAGAGACAGUUGCAGAUGCACCAGGGUAAAAUCUCCCUACCCCAUACCAACGAUUCAGACAAAGAUGCUGUCGCCAGAUUACGGCAUCAUGCAAAGGAAAUCAGUACGUCUACGAACCCGGCCUCUCCGACUACCAGCAGCUUCAACACCUCAAGCACUGGUCGAGCACGGUCACAGUCGAGCGCUUCGGCCAGUCCCGCCCAAGUUCACGCUCAAGUCGAGGCGCUCAUCAGACGCCAGAACGAAGAAUACACCGCUCUGCAAAUGGAUGAAUCCACAACCGCCCAUCCGAGCCCUGCAUUACCUAAACCAAAGAGUGUUGAUGAUCAGUUGGCUGCUUCUAGUGGCACUUUUUUCGACACCUUUGACGGCAGUGAUGAGGAGGAAGGUGAGGUCGACAUGGAUAGUCCGAUGUUGGGCCGUCACGAGCCGACACCGAUCUUCGCCUCGGGGGAUGUUCAUCCUGCGCUUCGUGAUGCUAGUGGGACGCCGGCCUUUGAUUUCGGGGAGCAAGUGGCUGCUAGUAUCCAGACUGCUCGAUCACGCUCCAAUACUUCCGCGGAGGACUCAUCGCCUGCAGUGACGCACGAUACACCAGAUACCUCAGACUCCCUGCAUCCUUCAGAAAGCAAAGAACUGGACUCUCCAACCCUUGGACCUGUUGCAGGACUUGGUUUGAGCGGAAUGAUUCGGACACACCUGCGACACGACAGCGACAAGUCCUCUGUGAUGCCUCCUCCGUCACCAGCGCUGGGUCACAAGCAGCCGAGCGGCUUUCCAAGGUUUCGCGAUCGGGAGUCGUCAGUUGCUUCAACUGCUCGCACCACUAAUCCCCCUGAGAGUACACAUAGUGACCCGUGGGAGUUUGACAAUGCGCAUCGUCCUCAGCGUAGCCCACUUGAAGCUCCUGCGACCGAUCCUACCACCAUCAUGUCACAAAGAGCACAGCAGAUCCUUGGCCAGGCGAUCUCCCUCCGAAACAACGCUGCUGUUACCCAAGAGCAAUCGAAUGGUGACGGUCAACCUCCACCUGACGAUGAGCAUCCCGCAAACAGGCAAUGGGACGCCGACAUGGUGCAUUCCCAUCAACGUGGCGAAAGCACGGAAACGCAGAAAGAGUUUGAUAAUGAGCUUGCGGAGCGCGCAAGGAAGAUCCAAGAAGGCUUGAAAAAUGUCGUAGAGGCCGAAAAGCGAUCUCGAAGUCCCGCUCCAGGAUACGACCGUCCGAAUCCUGCCGCGCAGGCUUUACAAGUGCUCCGUCAUAAAGCAAGCAAGACUGCACUUGCUCCUAGGGUGAAUGAUUCUCAGCCAAAAGCGAUGAAAAUGCUCGGACUGGGGGUGAUUCCAAAGUCCGACAUGGCUAGUCGAUCACCCAAUGUCCAAAGCAGAGGUGAUCAUGGAUUCGAACAAGGUUACGAGAACGCCGGGACCGGUUUUGUACCAAGAGAGCGGCCCGCCGAGUUUGAGCCUCCCAGCGGGAGACGUACCCCAGGCUUUGGACGACCGAUGGGCAAUACCCAUGACCGAUAUGCAGAGUAUCAACGCUCACGGCAGCGUUCCGCCACACCUUCCGGACGAGCACCAAGAGGUGAAAGAGGUGGACCCGAACCCGGCGAAAGAUCAAGAAGUCGCCCAGCUCGCCAUCGCGAGGAGCAUCAGCAUGACCCUCUACCUGGUUGGGAGCAAGACCGUUCAUAUGGACCACCACGCGCCCAACAAGGUCCACGGCCUUUUCACGCCGCUCAACGUGGGCCGCCUCCGGUCGAAGUGCGUAAUUACGAGCGGUCCGGCUCAGCUAUGUCAAAUCGACGCCCAAGUGCCAGCCGCCCGGAGGCAUCUCCGCAUCUGGAUGAGCGGGCAGGGACACCAAGCAUGGCCGGAAAUCCUCAGCUUGGAACCGGUCAGAGCGGCCCCACGAUCAAUGCCCCAAGGCCAUCUCCUCGCCCACCUUUCCCACAUUCUCCGAUGAGUCAGUUCAGUCAGCCGGGCUUGUCUCCCAUGUCUGGCCCUCCAUCUGCUGGACAGUCUGCCCUUCCCUCGCCUGUUGGACCUCUGCCUCCAGUACCGACCAACGGCCGCUCGACACCUGUGGAUGGUCGAUCCACCCCUCUUGGAGCACGCAAGAAGUCCGUCACAAAGGGCAUGAUUUCAGAACCCACUUUCAUCUCCAGCACAUCCUCGGUACCGCUCGUCGGUCUUCCACGAGGUCCGCGACCCAGCCAGAUUGCAACGCCUCCCAUACCUGCCAUGAAUCCUCGUCGUCGUGGUAAUACCAUGCAUGAGGGUUCAGAUGCUCGGCCGAGUCCACAAACGGUACAAUCUGCGGGUCCUGCGAUGCCCGAAUCUUCAGGAAGGACCGGAUUUGGAUUUGGGUCAGAGAAACGUACUGAGGAGAAGCAACAACAACAGCCUGUGCCACGGCAGAGAAAUAGGUUGAGGAAGAUCAGUAGUGAGGGUGGCAAUAUGGCAGCACGCGCCCGACAGCAGGCCAUGUUAUCCGAAUUUGGUCAGGAAAGACUUCGAAGCCCUGCGCUGCCAGUGUUUCCCAAUCGCAGUGCCACUUCUUUGGGCGUGCACCAAGACGGGGGCAUGUUUUGAACUGAAUUCUAUACAAGAAAAUGCAACAUUCCUUGCUUCCGGGAUCCGGGGCAUUCUGCACAUGACCACGGUACGGACGCAUCACCAUAAACGUACUUGAACGGCCGAUUUGAUUUGGACUCUGGCUUUCUUCUUCUCUUUCCUUUUCUUCUUUUUCUUUUUCUAGCGCUGGUGUAUCAGAGCCUUACUGAUCACACCGGCUGCUUUUUCUUUGGGGGUUUGUACGUUCUACGAUAACUGUGCAAUCAUAUGAAUCGAUCGGGGGCGGUAAUCUGCUUUGGGCUGGGGGGCGUCAAGUGUGUGUGUCGACUGAUCCUUCUGGGUCGAAUGACGGUUGGAUGUGGACGGUGGAUUUAUAACAAAAGGCAAAGGAAAAAGGUUUGGAUCGCUCGUGAUCCUGGAAUGUAUACCGAUGAUCGCUAGGAGGGGAUUGGGGAGAAAUAUCGGCGAAAGGAAGUCAAGCUUCUAGAGUUAAGUUCCUGGAUAGCUACAUACAUGUGUACAGUAGGUAUCUAGGUACAUGGAGAGGACACGACGGGACUCUUGCGUCCGGAAAGCGUGGAAAACACGUACAAUGUAUGCAUUUAUGUAAAGUACGGACGAACACCUACGUCAUAUGUACCUAGGUACCUGGUACGUACAGUAGGUAUCUACUAAGGCAUGUCAUAUAGUGGACAAAGAUGUACUGUGUACAAUCGUAGGAGCUUCUUUUCAGGAAAAUCACCAGUACUACUAGUAUACCCUAUGCAAUGUACCUAUUCAUCUGCAUAUAGGGCGUAAUGCACUGCCAUCGAAUGCCAUGCCAUGCCGUGCCGAGUGCAAUAUGACCAAAACCAGCCAGGGACCCAGCUCACGAAACCACCUGAUCGACCGAUCAAUCCCCUCCGACGAGACGAGACGAGAACGAGUCUGAAUCUGGACCGCCUUAUCCACUCACUCCAAAAAAAUCCAGCAACAUUUCCGGGGAUAGGAUCCGGGCGGUCCUGUCUUUUGACGAUGGACAGCAUCGAAGGAGUCAGUGACGAUCUGUCGGCCAUAUCGCCUACGCGCAGCAGCCAGAUCAAUGCCCUCAAUCUCCGCCGUCUUGCGCAACUUGGCGAGAUCGCGCUCCGAAAGCGGGACAUCCUCAUUCUCCAUGCGUUCGAGCCUGGCAUUCUGUCUUGUAAGUUUGAUACGCAUACUCAGACCCAUGAUGGCCGCAACAACUUGGAGCCCAAUACAAAUACCCAGCGCAAGCCGAUAAUGCGGCUGAUCCUGGGUUCGGUAAGUGAAAGGAGUCCAAAUCGAUGCAGAGUUUCCAAUCGAAUUGAUAAAGGCGUAAGCGGCGGCUCUUUUUGCCGGUGGGCGAGGAAUAGCACCGGCAAUCCAAGCAUAGCAGGUUCCGUUCAUGGCGAAAAUGAAAAUGAGCAGGAACAACGAGAAGUAUCGCGGUCCGAAUGAAUCGGUCGUCAUGAACACGACACAGCCAACGAUCGUGAUUGGGAUCGGAUACAUGAAGAACCAGAACCGGUUGCCGAAUCGAUCCGAAACAACACUGUGGGCCAUGGAGUAAAAUACCAUGAACAUGUAUGGCGGGGCGCACAACAAUAAGCUGAUUGUAUGGCUGUAGCCCAGCGUGGCUGUCAAUGUCGGGAAGAAGUUUUGGAAUCCGGCGGCGCCCGUGAUGCACAUGUACGCGAUGGCGAGCAUGUAUGUUUUGGAGUCGGUGAAUGCCAAUUUCAUGCCUUUGACUUGAGUCAUUCCUUUGCUGGAUCCGGCGACGUCGACGUCCGCUUCGGCUGCUUCGAUUGCCAUGCGCCGGUUGGCUACUCGCUUCAUCUCGGGUGGUAGGGCUUUCCAGGUGUCGGGGAAGUCGGGCAGGAUUACCAUGAUCAACAGGCCGACGGCGCAUGUGAUGGUUCCUUCGAUGAUGUAGAGCCAUUGCCUGAGACUGGUUAGUACAUGGAAUGUAACCUAUGGGAGUGUGUAUUUGGUGUUUGGUGCUUGGUACUACUUACCAUGCCGAAAGACCUCGUUUGCCAGCAAGUCCGUUGAGGAUGCCGGCGGCGAUAAGGCUGCCGAAUGCGCCGCUGACUAGCGAGCCCGAGUAGAAGAUGGACAUUCGUAGGUUGAGUUCUUUCUUGGUGUACCAUUUGGAAAGGUAGAACAAG